AAAACACUGUAACCCACAAGCUCUCAGUUCUCUCAAGCUCUCUAUGUUCUCUCAGUUCUCUCAAGCUCUCUCGGCUCUCAAGCUCUCUUGGCUCUCUCAGCUUACACUGGCUCUCUCUCUCUCUCUCACGACUUCUUCACUGUUCUCUCUCACGCCUAGCAUUCUCUCACAAAGGUUCAAAUAUGUCAGAAAAAAGGACUAUUGAUGAUGUGGUUAAGAAAGAUAGAGAAUAUUGGACAGCUAUUAUGGAUGAUGCACUUAUUGAUGCACUCUUGCAUCAACAUCAUCUAGGUAACAGAAAUGGUUCAGUCUUCACCACACAUGCCUAUGACAAUAUUGUGAAGGAAUUGCAAGAAAAAUUUGAAAAACCAAUAGACAAGCAAAAGGUGAAAAAUCGCAUUAAAACCAUUAAGUAUAAUUGGUCAGACUGCUAUGAUGUAUUUAAGAAUGGAUUGAGUGGUUUUGCUUGGAGUCCAAUCACCAAAAUGUGGAGUGCUGAACCGGAAGUUUGGGAAAGUCUAAUCCAGGCUAAACCUAAAGCAAAAGAGCUUAAGAACAAACCAAUUCCAAACUACGACAAAUUGGUUGAGCUUUAUGGAAAAGAUAGAGCAACUGGGGAACAAUCUGAAACUGCAUCAGAGAUGAGGCAACGGUAGGCUACUUCAACUGGAGAGGGCUCUAUGGAGAACAUUGAAGAUAUUGAUCAUUUAGUUGCUCAAAAUGAAGUUACUUUGGAGAGCUGUGAUAAUGUGGGUGAUAAUAAUGCGGGUGAAGCCUCCUCAAAAGCCAAAAAGAGAAAAACAUCAAAAAAUGAGGACAUGGAACAAAUUAUGGGAGCAAUUCAGGAUGUUGCUUUAGCAAUGAGAGAAGGAAAUUCAGCACUUAGAGAAGGAAAUUUAAUUUUUGAGAGGAGCUUGGCACGUCUUCC